AUGGAUCGCUGCAACGUAAAACGUGUAAACAAUUGGAAAGAACCGUUGAUUCAACCCUUUGGAAAACAAUUCGUGAUGGUCACUGAAGAAAUGACGAAUUUCAAAACCUUCUUUUCCAUCUAUGAUCUCUCUGAUCUUGGUGAUAUUCAAAGAUAUCCAAUAUCUGAGAUCCACAACAAAAAGUCUCUUCCAAAUCAUCAAGAUCACUCGACAGGUACUUCAACCACAACUCUUGGAGUUUCUGUUGAAUUGAAACACUUGAUUUUAGAUUGGGAAACUCCAUUACUAGCUUCUCGACAGCCACAACUUGCAACAGAAGAAAACUUUCGAGCUUUUGCCAGGAUGAUAAAAACUCUUUCUGCUCGAAGAAGAUCUGGAGAGAAGUAUGUGUUUGAAGAUUUUCCAAAAUUGAAAUCCAUGGAGGAACCUUAUGAAAAAACAAGCGUUGAUGAUGAGUUGACGUGUUUUGUUGGGGGACGUGCUCUCUUUAUUGAAGCUCACUUGAGGUAUUCAAUUCCUAAAAUAGAAGUUGUUAUUGAUGUGAAAAAGACUUCUAAAAACAAUGAUUUGGAGCAGAAGAAUGAAAUGCAGAUUCAACCACUGAAUGGUUUUCAAAUUCCACAAUCGUUUCAUCCCAACGAUGAUGGAACUCGUUCGACACGAUUUGAAACCUGUCAUUCUGUCAUUCUUCCAUGUGAAAAUAUUCAAGAAACAAACUUUGCAUUGAAUGCAAUCCUUUUCGGAGGUUUAUUGUAUCGUUAUGAAUUGACAAGAGGAGAAUUCGAUCCUUCCACUCCAAUUACCUUCAAAGAUGAAACCUGGACCAAAUGUUUUAACUUGAAACAAGAUUUCCCUAACAAAGGACCUCAAUGGAUUCCAUAUUUGGAAAAUGGAAAAAGAUUGAGAAGUUUUAUAGUACAGGACGGAAAGCUGUUUGAAUUCAUUUGGAAAGAUCAAAACAAAUCCAUUUCAGUAGUGCAACAUUUGGAAUGGUUGUCCACGGACAUUACUCUUGUGAAACGAUGUGACCAUUUUGGUUUACUCAUUCGUUGUUCUGAACAAUGUCUGUUCUACAUUCCAGAAGCGUGUUCUCCAACUCUUGCCUUUUCCAAGUCUUUGGGAAGAGUGUAUUCAUUGAAUCAUCUGCUGGAUGUGUUGAAAACUUAUCCCUUGUUUUGGAGUGAUGCCUCCAAAUGCCUUUGCACCUUAAAAACGGAAUUGCCAUUGAAUACCAAUCUUGCUGAUGAUCAACCAAUGUUUGUACCUCUUCUCACGCAAAGCGAAAUUGAAAAGCAACCCUUCCAACUCGUCAAGGACUUGUUUCAUGAAGAAGAAUUCAAAAAAGAAUUUGAAUAUUGUUCCUACGAUCAACAACAGAAAUUUGAAGUGAAAUGGGAACGAUUGGAAAAAGUGAGCGAUUUGGAAGAAAAGUUUAAAACUCGUGUCAGAAUUCCUUUUGGAUAUCAGUGCCCUGUGAAAAAAUAUAAUGAUAUGGAAAUUAUUGCUGGUAUUGGAUGUUUGAAUUUUAAGGAUCAAUUAGGCGAGGCCUUGAGUUCAAAUUACAUGGAAUUGGAACCGCACGAGUUUAGUCAAUUUUUGGGAGCACCUAUCAUGUUCAAUGAAGAACGACGAUCAUUGAGUUAUCGUUAUUUCAUUUUGGAUAUGAAAAAUUGUAGAAAAUCUUCAGGUGUGAUUGAAAUUGCCAAUGCUGAAAAGAAUAGUUAUGGAACCUCAGGGAUUGAUUUGAAUCGAAUUCGUGAAAAGAAGAAACGAUUUGUUGGAAUUCUUGCUCCCAAAAAGGAAAUUGUACAAGAUGACCUCGAUACGGCAGCCAAUGAAGAAUUAUUGAAAGAAUUAGCUCUCGCUCAGAAACGCCAUGAAGAAUUUGAAAAAUUAUCUUGUCAACAACUAUUUCAAGUCGAAAGUCAUUCGCUACGAGUGUGUGAUCCAUUCGUUGAUCCCUCUGGAGUGUUGAUUGAAAAUGUCAAACCAGGUUUAUGGAAAUGGAUUCAAUAUUCACCAAAUUCAGAAGUUCCUCCAGCAGAAAGGAAUGAACAACAAGACCACAUGGAUGAAACGGAAAAUCAAAAUCCAUCCCAUAACGAAAACGAAGAAGAGAACCAAGACUCCAAUGACAUGUCCUUUUCAGAAUCUCCUUUCGCUCAUCAGUCAUGUAUUCAUCAAUUAGCAGUUAUUCAUCAAGAUUUCACAGAACAAUUACUUCAUUCGAAUCCAGAACAAUUCUGGAAGGUUCCAAAAGAGAUUUACCAACAUGCUGAAAAUAAUGAUGAUUCAGAUGAUUCUGACAAUGAGGACAAUGAACAAACACUUCCCCGUGAUUUUCGUCCACAAGCAUACGAAGGAGGUUGGUUUGUAAUGACAUGUGGCAUUGGUGUCGAUGUAGGAUUGGCCGGUAUAUUCGAUUCUGCUUGUUAUAACAAUUCGAACAUUGUGAAAGAAUACAACUUGAUACGACCUCACAAAUUAUCCACUUUGGAACAACAUUUCAAUAUGGACAGAAUGACCGAUUGGCAACGUUUUAUUAUGGAAUAUUUGGAGAAGCAUGAAGGAGUGAAUCGAGUUCCAGUACCAUUUGGAAUUAUUUCAAGUUCAGGAUAUGGAGAUGGUUGUUAUGCUUGUUUGUUUAAGAGAGAUUUGGAAUCGAAACAAGUCGUUGCAGUUCGUGUGAUUUUUAUUGAUGAACAGUUCGAACAACAUGAAGAAGAAGAAGGAGAAUUGGAUGAAAUGGAAUCAUUGGAGCAAUCAGACUCUCACGAAGAACAGGAUGAUUUUUCAGAAUAA